GCCACAGAGUUCGGCCGCUUUGCUCCAGGGCGCUGCCAGUCCCACGUACGGGAGGCAGCGAGGGACAAAACACAAGCUUCAGGGGGCUGUUCGGGCGAGGUGCCCCUCCCCAGGCGUUGAUUUCAUUCCGGCCCGGCUGGACUCCCGAUGCUGCGAUGGCUGAUGGGAGGCGGCCGGGAGCCGCAGGGACUCUCCGAGAAAUCGUCUGUGCAGAACUUAGGUGAAGAACAAAUACAGAAUCCCUACACUGAGCUCCUUGUACUGAAAGGUCAUCAUGAUAUAGUGAGAUUUCUAGUACAAAUAGAUGAUUGCAGAUUUGCAUCUGCAGGAGAUGAUGGAAUUGUAUUUCUGUGGAAUGCUCAGACUGGAGAAAAGUUAUUUGAGCUACAUGGACACACGCACAAAAUUACAGCUAUUGCAGCAUUUCCUUCAUCUGGGGCUUGUGAAGAAAAAAAUAAUUUGAUCUUAACGGCAUCUGCUGAUAGGACAGUUAUUGUUUGGGAUUGCAAUAGUGGCAGGCAAGUUCAGAAGGUGUCGUGCUUCCAUUCCACUGUAAAGUGUUUGACAGUUCUUCAAAGACUGGAUGUAUGGUUAUCUGGAGGGAGUGAUCUAUGUGUUUGGAACAGAAAAUUAGAUCUCUUGUGUAAGACCAGUCAUCUCACUGAUGCAGAUAUCAGUGCUUUGGUUGAAUUGCCUAAAAACUGUGUCGCAGCAGCAGUUGGCAAAGAGUUGAUAAUUUUUAGGUUGGUAGUUUCCACCGAGGGAUCUGAAGGUUGGGAUGUCCUUGAAAUAAAACGCCUGACUGACCAUCAAGAUAAUAUCCUCUCAUUGGUCAGUGUCAAUGAUUUGACUUUUGUGACUGGCUCUCAUGUGGGUGAGCUGAUAGUCUGGGAUGCAUUGGAUUGGAGAAGUCAAGUGUGCGAGUGCAACACAUGGGACCCCUCUUUUCACACAGUCGUACAAGAAAUUAAAUUAUCACAAAACCAACAUGAAGUUUCAAUUCAGCAUUUAACAUCUGAUGCGGAGUGUGUGUUUGCUGCUGUUGGGAAGGGCAUAUAUGUCUAUAACCUUCAAAUGAAGCGUGUGAUUGCCUGCCAGAGAACUGCUCAUGACUCCAUUGUAUUGCACAUUGCAAAACUUCCAAACAGGCAGUUGAUAUCCUGUUCAGAAGAUGGCAGUGUUCGCAUUUGGGAGCUACGUGAAAAGCAGCAGCUUCCAGCUGAGCCUGUUCCAACAGGGUUUCUCAACAUGUGGGGCUUUGGAAGGGCCAACAAACAAGCAAGCCAAACUGCUAAAAAAGUGCAAGAAAGCACUACAUCAUAUUCCCUGGAGCUUAUUGGUGAUUUGAUUGGGCAUUCAUCAGCCGUGCAGAUGUUCCUGUACUUUAGUGAACUUGGCCUGGUGACAUGCUCUGCUGACCACCUUAUUAUUUUGUGGAAAGAUGGAGAAAGAGAGUCUAGACUGCGCAGUUUAACAUUAUUUCAGAAAUUAGAGCAAAAUGAUGAUUUGCAGCUUAGGUUCUAACUUGGUUGAAUAAGAGGUAGAUGUGCAUGAGCUGUGUGUAUGUGUGUAAAGGAAAUUUUGCUAUUUGAAAAGUUUAAAUAUUGAAAAUAACAUGUAUUGUUAUCCUUCCCUUUUAAAUGCCAUACAAUAAAGGUGAUGUCUUUUC